UGGUCUGAUGUGACAUCAGGUCGCAGCUGGAUUGUGAUGUGCAGCAGAACCCGUGAAUCUUCUCCAUCUCUGUGUUUGUCUCUCCGGGGUGACAGUCCAGACUAAACCCCACCACACACAUCCGGUUCGAGUCGGGUUCUUUAGUGUGCAUGCAGCAGAAUGGAGCAGGCGAGACACCGAACGGAGACGCAGGACAGCAGCAGCUCUCCUUCAGCCCCGCCAGCUCUUCAUCAACAUCACGACUGAGGAGGCUCACUCAUGAAGGCCGAGGAGUUCCUCCUCAGCCCACAGUCAUGGUCGUGUUCUCGCCUGCGAGGGACAGCGAGCCAGCGGGAGAUUCCACCAUGUCCAAGUCCGAGGAGGAGAAGCGCAAAGCAGCCAUUUCUACUCCGAACAGAAACUUACCCAAAUCCCUGCGCACCUUGAACGCACCCCAAGAGUUUCCCGAGGUGAUUCCUCUGAAUGUCGGCGGGACGUACUUCACCACACGUCUGUCCACGCUGCGUCGCUACGAGGACACCAUGUUGGCCGCCAUGUUCAGCGGACGCCAUCACAUCCCCCGAGACUCUGAGGGACGAUACUUCAUCGACCGGGACGGAGCUUAUUUUGGGGACAUCCUAAACUUCCUGCGUGAGGGUGAGCUGCCUCAGAGGAACCGGGUUCGAGCAGUGCACAGAGAAGCUCAGUAUUACUCCAUCGGGCCGCUGUUGGAGAGUCUGGAGGAUAGACAGCCUCUAACCGGGGAGAAAGUUCGACAGGCAUUCCUUGACCUCCUGCCUUAUUAUAAAGAGAAUCUGGAGCGCAUUGUGGAGAUAGCGAAGCUGCGAGCGAUGCAGAGAAAGGCUCGCUUUGCCAAGCUGAAGAUCUGCGUGUAUAAGGAGGAGAUGCCGAUCACGCCUUAUGAGCGUCCGCUCUUCAACUCGCUGCGCUUCGAGCGCUCUGAGAGCGAGGCCAAGCUAUUUGAGCACCAUUGCGAGGUGGACGUGUCGUUCGGGCCAUGGGAGGCUGUGGCCGAUGUGUACGACCUGCUGCACUGCAUCGUGAGCGACCUGGCCGAGCGUGGCAUCACCGUCGACCAGCAGUGCAUUGGAGUGUGUGACAAACACCUCAUCAACCACUACUACUGCAAGAGGCCUAUCUACGAGUUCAAGAUCACCUGGUGGUGAAGGAACAGGUUCUGCUUCUGGUCAGAGGGUUUAUGACAGCAGUCCAGUUUUUGGUUCCUUUGGAAGAUGGGUCACAUCUGUAACAUUAAACCUAAGCUAUUUACACGUUUAAGAUUAUGUUGUGGUGAAGGUUGGGUACUAAAACAGGUUCGGGUAUUUUUCAGUUACUGUAGCAGGUCCGGGUUUGUCCAAGAGCUUGCAUGAGAGCUGCAAACCUGACACUAAUGCUAACAAUGACGCUAAUCCAUCUGAACUUAAGAUCACUCACUUAGUCAGCUAUUUUUUAUAGUUUUUCAAGCAAGCCUUGUUGCUUUGGGGAAGUUGUGAGAAGGUUACAGUUCUAACUUUUAACAAAAUUUAUUGAAGAAUUGAAGAUCUCUUGUUGAAGCGUGUGAGGAAUUUACGCAAGAACUUUCAGGAAGUCCAUCUAAGGACGAUAGCUUAAAAUCUUGUUCGUGAAUAACACUAAACAUUUAGACUUAUUGGAACAGAUCCAGAUUCUCUGAGAGCUUUAAGAUCGCUAAAAGAUGAAGGGGAGGUUCUUUUAGGAGAAUGUUCAGGAUCCAGAACAUUAAAGAUCAUCUCAUCAGUGUCUUCCACUACUACCUACCACGUUUAGUGGUGAAGGACAGGUUAUAGUUAUUGGAACAGGCCUGGGUUUUUAAGGAUCUCGCAGGAAGGUUGGUGUUUCAGCUCACUUGUUGUUGAAGCAGUUCUGAUUCUGGUCGGGAUCAUCUUCCUGAACAGCGUUGGUUAUGGAUGUUUGCUGGUUCUGUGCAGGAUUGUUCUGGAAGCUGUUGAGUUUAUAAGAGCCAGUAUCGUGUAUUGUUCCGUCUCACUACAGUGUGUGAACUGGAGUCAUGUUGUGUUCAUUGUGCUUUUCAUCUCAGCUUGUUGUCCAGAUAUCUGGUCAAUGCAAGACCACGUGAAGGACUGUGUCCUUCUCUGAUUGUACGUGUUGUGAAGAAUUCAGUCUUUAUGAAACAGUGAAGCAGUGCUAAAAUAACUAUAAGAUAAUCUGCAGAAGUUUAUUAAUAAUUGUGUAGUUUUGCCUCACUCGAUAUGCAGCGGGUGAUGCUUUCUUCAGGUAUGGAAGUUGUAACAUGUUUCUGGUCAGCUUUUAUUUAUGAAUAAACUGAAAGUGUGUGUGUGUGUGUGUGUGUGUGUGUGUGUGUGUGUGUGUUAAGCAAUGCUGCACUGAACUGACUGUUAGUCUCCUUAUUGUCACUGAGACAUGUAGACAUGUUCCUCUUCCCUCUGUAGCUCUCAGCUCUGAUAUUUCAGGCUAAAGGAUCAGCUCAGCUGUAGCCGAAAGAUCUCGCUGUAACAAAUCCACAUUGUUGUGUAUUAUUAUUAUUAUUAUUAUUAUUAUUUAUUUAUUUUUUUUUCCUAUGUGAGGGCCGUGAAGCUGCACGAGCUCUCAGGAUAAGUUUCCUCUGUAACUCUGCUGCACUCCAGUGUAAAUGAACUGAACCUCAUGUUUGUUCUGCUUCAUUGUGCUGAUAAUAAACUCGUGUAUAUUUUGCCA